AUGGUCUCCAACUCGUUUACCAAAGCGGAAAUCGAAAAAUGUCUGUGUAUACAAGGCAAUCCAACGAAAUGGAAAGGGCUGUUGGUAGGAUCGUUAAGGAAGAUCGCCGAUGUGGUGCACCCUUUGUUAACAGUCAGCGACGAAGCAUUAGAUUGUGUCGAAAUGCUAGUUAUUCAAUGCCUGGAGAUACUCACGUUAAGGUCAUCACCACCGCAUACUGUAUUCGACAUCGAAGACCAAGUAAAACGAUGGUUUCCUAAGCCAAUAGACAAGUGGGCUAUUAAAGAUGCAAAUGAGGCAAUAGAAAAAAACAAGAAAAAAAACUUUUUAUUAUUACCAACCGAUAAAAUUCAUAAUUUAGUGCAAAAGGAAAUACUCCAAUACAAGUUAGACUAUCCAGUGGCUCUUUACAUAACAGCUGUUUUAGAAUACAUGGCAGCGGACAUUUUAAAAUUAGCUGGUAACUAUGUAAAUAAUAUUCAUCGUGUAGAAAUCAGCUACCAAGACCUGUGUGUUGCGAUAUGUGGAGAUAAAGUAUUGAUGGACUUGUAUGGCCAGCACGACAAUAACGGUGACUUGAACCUGUCUGAAUUAGGUAUUGAUAAAAUUCCAAAAACUACUACUUAUGAAGAAGUCAUAAGAGAUCUAAUGCACGAUGAAAGGCAACUUAUUAGAGAUUUACAUUUAAUUUUAAAAAUUUUCAAAGAAGAAAUUGAUCGUAUCAUUCCUGUAGGUAGCAGUCAAGAAUUGGAUAAUAUGUUCAACAAUAUUACAGACAUAUGUAAGACUACUGCAUUAUUUUUAAGUUCUAUUGAAGACAUAUUGGAAAUUGCAGAGGACAAAUCAGCUACAGUUGGUUGUUGUAUUGAAGAGUUGGCUGAAGCCGCUGAAUUUGAUGUGUUUGCACGCUAUGCAAAUGAUAUUGUCAAAAAACAAUGUAGAGAUAUAUUUUGGAAUUUAAUCGGUAAGCCAGAAGUUUCAAAUUUACUUCAAUCGGCUGGCUAUGGUUUUAAAGAAGCUGUAAAAUAUUAUUUUCCAAAAUUGUUACUUUUACCCCUGUGGCAUUGUAUUCUCUAUUUUGAAUAUUUUAGAAUUUUACAUCAACUUUCUCCUUCCCAGCAUGAUAAAGAGUGUUUGGAACAAGUAGAAGGCAUUUUGAGACCUUUACAACUACAAAUGACGGCAGCUGCAAAUCAAGUUAACUUGCCAGAUAAUGUCAAAGAAUUUGGGCUUAAAAUUAAUGCAACACCAAGGCGAUUGUUGGCCAUUGAAAAACUGAAUGAAAUGCAAAAAGCUAUUGAUGGUUGGGAUGGUAAAGAUAUGGGUCAAUGUUGCACAGACUUCAUUAGAGAAGGAGUACUUGUAAAAUUAUCGGGUGGAGGUAAACGUUGUUCAGAGCGUAAGGCAAUCUUAUUUGAUGGUGUUCUUCUCUUAUGCAAAUCAAAUAGCAGAAGAACUUCGGUAUCAGUCAGCUCUCAACUUGUUGGGGGUUUGUCUGAAUUCAAAUUAAAAGAAAAAUUAUUUAUUAGAAAAGUGGAAAUUGUUGAUAGAGAUGAUACAGACGAGACAAAACACUUUUUCGAAAUAGUCCCUCGCUUACAGCCACCAGUAAUAUUAGUUGCCAGUUCUUUUCAAGAUAAAGCUAAUUGGAUGGCUGAUUUAAUUAUGCUGAACACAAAAAGUAUGCUAGAUAGAACUUUAAACAGUAUACUACUUGAUGAAGAUAAAAAAUUUCCUUUACGGUUACCUUCAAUUGAAGAAUACAGAUUUGUUGAACCUGAUUCUCGGGCUAACAUUAUUUUUGAGGAAAAAGAAAAUAAUGGUGUUCCUCUUAUUAAAGGUGCCAUUUUGCUGAAACUUAUAGAACGAUUGACAUAUCAUAUUUAUGCUGAUCCAAAAUUUGUAAAAACAUUCUUAACGACAUAUCGUAGUUUUUGUUCACCUCAUGAGUUAAUGGAUCUCCUAAUCGAAAGGUACAACAUUCCUGAGCCUUUUGGUAUAACUAUGGAUUCAGUAAGUCUUCGAGAUGAAACUAAACGAUUUAAAAAAGAAUAUUUAGUACCUGUUCAAUUUAGAGUUUUAAAUGUGAUUCGGCAUUGGGUCGACUAUCACUAUUAUGAUUAUCAAUGCGAUCCAUAUCUAUUGGAUAAAUUGCAUUCAUUUAUAGAAUCAAUAAAUGGAAAAUCAAUGAGAAAAUGGGCGGAUUCAGUUAUUAAAAUAAUUCAAAGAAAAACAUCUGAAGCUCAAAAAGAAAUAACGUUUGCAUUUGAUUCACCACCGCCAGCAAUUGAAGUUCAUAUGGAUUUUAAUGGAAAUGACGAUUUUAACAUUCUACUUGUACAUCCUAUUGAAUUUGCAAGACAGUUGACUCUUAUUGAAUCUGAAAAUUAUAGAGCAGUUAAACCUUCAGAGUUGGUUGGAUCUGUAUGGACUAAAAAAGACAAAGAAAUAAAUUCUCCAAAUUUACUUCGGUUAAUCAAGCGUACUACAAAUUUUAGUCGUUGGAUUGAAAAAGCAGUUGUUGAGUGUGAAAACAUUGAAGAGAGAGUAGCAGUUGUAUCAAGAUUUAUUGAAGUAAUGAUGGCAUUAGAUGAGCUAAAUAAUUUCAAUGGUGUUUUAGGUGUUCUUUCAGCCAUGAGUUCAGCUGCAGUAUUUCGUCUAAAAUUUACAAUGCAAUCUGUCAAUGCUAGACUUGAUAGAGCUCUAGAAGAAGCUCGAGAAUUGAGUAAUAAUCAUUUUAGAAAAUAUCAAGAUAAAUUAAGAAGUAUAAAUCCUCCAUGUGUCCCAUUCAUUGGUAUGUAUUUAACAAAUAUAUUGCAUAUUGAAGAAGGUAAUCCAGAUUGUUUGACAAACAACCCAAAUUUAAUUAAUUUUAAUAAACGGAGAAAAGUGGCAGAAAUUAUUGGAGAAAUCCAGCAAUAUCAAAAUCAACCUUACUGUUUAAAUGUCGAGCCUAAAAUAAAAAAGUUUUUGGAGAACUUAAAUCCGUUUAAUGAUAUGAAAGAUACAGAUAUUAGUAACUAUUUGUACGCAAAAUCUUUAGAAAUCGAACCAAGAAAUGUCAAACAAUUUCCAAAGUAUCCACGAAAAUGGCCAGACUUAAAUCUUAAGUCACCCGGCUUAAAGUCUAAAAUACGAGUGCCAUCAGUAUCCUCCAAAGAUAUGGAUGUCCAAGGUAGAAGAAAUUUAAGUUCAUCAAGUUCUCUAGUUAUUCAAAUGGAUAAAAGAGAUGCAGAUGAUUCUGUCUUUGCGCCAGUAACAUUUACUUUAGGAAAAAAUAAUGAUGUUCCUCCAGUUCCACCUCGACUGAGUAAAAUUGAUGGAUCGUUCAGACCACCUAUACCACCAAGAAGAAUGGCUCCACCUUUACCUCCAAGAAGAUUACCAGUUGAAGAAGUUUUAACUUUUCAGAAAUUUGUUGUAGACUUACCCAAACCAGAAAUGAAUCAAGAUUUAAAUUGGAACAAAAAACUUGUACCGCCAAUUAGUCCUAGUAAAAAGCCUAUGGAACUAAAACCAAAAGCAGUUGUUAAUCUACCCAAACGUGAUAAUACUUUUGAACGUCUGAGCGGACCACCAUUCUUUAAGCCAGAAGUUGUACAAAACUCUAGGUUUCCAUUAAAACUGUUUGUACUAAAAAGAACAACUCCUUCUAUGUUCCAAUUCAAUGUUUGA